AUGACGUCAGUCGACCUCUUGGACAUUCUGGAGGAGUUGAGAGGAAAGGAGUUUGAUGACUUUAAGUGGUUCCUGCAGCAGGACAGCUGCCUGGAAGGCCUCCCAUCAAUCAAAGCAUGUCAGCUGGAAAAAGCAGAAAGGCGGGACACCGUGAGUCUGAUGGUACAGAUCUACAGACUUCCAGGAGCUGUGGAGGUGACCAGAAAGGUUCUAGAAAGGCUCAGCAGGAAUGACCUGUUGCAGAGCUUGUCUUCUCUCGCUCACACACCGGCUCCUCUUCCUCACCCUGAAGAUGUGGUGGUUCCAGUACCAGAGCCUCGCCCCAUCAAGUUUUUCCAGCAAAUGCUUCAAUCAAACUUCCAGGACAAGUUUAUGUGUGCACAAGAAGGUUGGGCAGAAGAUAAACAGCGUCUGGUUGAUAUCUACACAGAGCUGUACAUCACAGCUGGGUAUGAUGUACAUAUCAACACACAGCAUGAGGUCCGGCAGAUUGAGAAAGUAUGGAAGCCAGCAGAACCAGAGAAACCCAUUAGACCCACAGACAUGUUCAAACAUCCUUCAGGAGACUACAGACCCAUCAAAACAGUGAUGACCAAUGGAAUCGCAGGAAUUGGAAAAACCUUCCUUGUUCACAAGUUUGUUUUGGACUGGGCUGAACAAAGAUCCAAUCAAGAUGUGCAUCUGAUUUUCCCCUUCACCUUCCGUCAGCUGAAUCCUCUGAAGGGAGAAAAGUUCAGUUUGGCAGAGCUCAUUCAUGAAUGCAUCCCAGAAACUGUAGGCAUCCCACAGGAGGCUCUGAAUUACAUCUUUACAGAUGUUCAGUCAUCAGGAAUCACCAACUAUGACAAGAGUAAAUUCAAACUUCUGUUUGUGUUUGAUGGGCUGGAUGAGAGCCGCCUUCAUCUCGACCUUCAUUCUGAAGACAUUCGCUCUGUCGAUGUAACAAAGGCAACUAAAACAGAUGUCCUGCUGAGGAAACUCAUCAAUGGGAAACUGCUACGCUCUGCUCGCAUCUGGGUAACCACACGGCCUGCAGCAGCCAAUCAGAUCCCUCGAGAGUUUAUCAGCAGUACAACUGAGGUCAGGGGGUUCACAGACCCACAGAAAGAGGAGUACUUCAAAAAGAGAUUCAAAGGUAAGGAGCAAGCUGACAAACUCAUCUCCCAUAUUGAGACAUCGCGAAGCCUCCACAUCAUGUGCCACAUCCCAGUCUUCUGCUGGAUCACUGCAACAGUUCUGGAGGAUGUGUUGAAAACCAGAGAGGGAGGAGAGCUGCCCAAGACUCUGACUGAGAUGUACGCAGAGUUCCUGGUGUUUCAGAUUGAUCGGACAAAAGAAAAGUAUGGCCCAGAGAAGAGCAUUCAAUACAUUAAGUCAUUAGCAAAACUGGGCUUUGAGCAGCUGCAAAAGGGCAACCUGAUCUUCUAUGAGAAAGAUCUGAGAGAGAGCGGCAUUGAUUUCAGUGAAGCCUCGGUGUGCUCAGGAGUGUUCACAGAGAUCUUCAAAGAAGAUCGAGGAAGGAAAGGGAAAGACAAGAUGUUCAGCUUCGUCCAUCUGAGCGUUCAGGAGUUUCUGGCUGCUCUUUAUGUGAGGAUGUCGCUUAUAAAUAGCAACAAAAAUGUGAUGCUUUCACCGCCACUGUCUCUGAAAAACCUUCGACUGCUUUUCAGUAAAAUAUCUUCAAAGAAGAUCAACAAAAUUUCGAUUGACAGGGCCUUACAGAGUUCAAACGGCCACCUGGACUUGUUCCUUCGCUUCCUCUUGGGUCUUUCACUGCAGACCAAUCAGGAUAAACUACAGAGCCUACUGAAAAAAACAGACUGUCGGUCAAAAACCAACCAGAAAACAAUCCAGUAUAUCAAGGAGAAGCUCAGUGAGAAUCUGUCUCCAGAGAGAAACAUUAAUCUUCUCCACUGUCUGAAUGAACUAAAUGAUCGUUCUCUAAUAGAGGAGAUCCAACAGUAUCUAAGUUCAGGAAGCCUCUCCACAUAUGAACUUUCUCCAGCUCAGUGGGCCGCUUUGGUCUUCAUCUUACUGUCAUCAGAAGAAGAUCUGCAUGUUUUUGACCUGAAGAAAUAUUCUGCUUCUGCUUCAGAAGAAGCUUUUUUGAGGCUUUUGCCAGUGGUCAAAGCCUCCACCAAAGCUCUAUUGAGUGGCUGUAAUCUGUCAGAGAGAAGCUGUGAAGCUUUGUCUUCAGUUCUCAGUUCCCAGUCCUCCAAUCUGAGAGAACUGGACUUGAGUAACAACAAUUUGCAGGGAUUGGGUCUGAAGUUGCUCUCUGCAAUACUGGAGACUCCUCACUGUACACUACAGAGCCUCAGGUUGAAUCAAACCAAUCUCACAGAAAAAUGUUGCCAGGACUUCUCACUAUUUCUCAACUCCCAGUUCUCCAGUCUGAGAGACCUGGACCUGAGUAACAAUGACCUGAAGGAUUCAGGAGUGAGGCUACUCUCUGCUGGAAUGGUUCAUCAUCACUGUAACCUACAGACGCUCAGGUUGAAUCAAACUGGCCUUACAGAGAAAUGCUGCCGCCAAUUGUCGUUAGUACUCAGCUCCCAGGUGUUAAGUCUGAGAAUCCUGGACGUGAGUAACAACGAUCUGCACGAUUUAGGAGUGAAACUACUCUCUGCUGGACUGAAGGAUUCUGACUGUGGACUAGAGACUCUCAAGCUGUCAGGCUGCCAGAUCACAGAGGAGGGCUGUACUUCUCUGGCCUCAUCUCUGAAUUCCAAUCCUUCCCAUCUCAGAGAGCUGGAUCUGAGCUACAAUCACCCAGGAGACUCAGGAGUGAAGCUUCUUUCUGCUGGGUUGAAGGAUCCUCAGUGGAAGCUUGAAACUCUCUGGCUGGAACAUUGUGGAGAGCAGAGGCUGAGACCCGGUCUGAAGAAGUAUUUCUGUGCACUUGUACCGGACACAAAUACAUUACACAGAAACCUCAAACUAUCUGACAACAACAGGAAGCUGACACGUGUGAUGGAAGAGCAGCCAUAUCCCUUUCACUCAGAGAGGUUUCACUCCUUUGUGCAAAUGGUGUGUACCAGUGGGCUGACUGGUCGCUGUUACUGGGAGGUGGAGUGGGAAGGAAUGAUUGACAUAGCAGUGAGUUACAGAGAAAACAGAAACACUUUCCAAAGGGUUCGGUUUGGAGACAAUAACUACUCGUGGAGUCUAAGGUGCUCUUAUGUUGGGUGCUAUGCAAUGCACAAUAACAGAGGAGCACGCGUCUCCUCCUCCUCUGUCCUCGACAGAAUAGCGGUGUACGUGGACUGGCCUGCUGGCAUGCUGUCCUUCUACAGAGUCUCCUCUGACUCACUGAUCCACCUCCACACCUUCAACACCACCUUCACUGAACCUGUGUAUCCUGGGUUCUGGUUGUCCAAUCACUCCUCGGUGUCUCUGUGUUCUCUGUAGCAGGGAGAUCCUCCAGUGAGGACACUGACACACAUGAACAGAUGUUUAUUAUUCUUUUCUCGUCUGGUAGUUUAGACUGAUCCGAGUCGCGUCUGGUUAAGUCCUCAGACCUUGGAGAAAGCCCUGGCUUGCACUGAACACUUGUCGACACUUGGUGGCGCCACAGCGAAUGUGAUCACUAGAAUGGACCGGAUGGAUGGACUGAUGGUGAAUAAUACAGACAACCUGUGACAUUUUCACAUUCUGCAUCAUAAACAUGUUUAUUUCAUCAGAUUACUGGACUGUUUCUGUGGUUCUGAGUUUAGAUGUAAAUGUACAAAAACAGGUUUUAAGGAAAUACAGCACUAAACUACAAACCACACAUAACGUCUGACACAGUG